CCACAGUAUGGCCGGCGACAUUAGCUAGCGCUCGCUCUACUCUCUCUAACGGGGAAACAGCGGACUACAAGAGACUGAACUGUAUCUGCCUCUAUUUCCAACAGACUCACGUUCAACUUUCGCUCACAAAAAAAGCCGGGAAAAUUUUAUUAAUCCUUUUUUUUAAAAAAAGUUAAUAUAAAAUUAUAGCAAAAAAAAAAAAAAAAAAGGAACCUGAACUUUAGUAACACAGCUGGAACAAUCCGCAGCGGCGGCGGCAGCGGCGGGAGAAGAGAUUUAAUUUAGUUGAUUUUCUGUGGUUGUUGGUUGUUCGCUAGUCUCACGGUGAUGGAAGCUGCACAUUUUUUCGAAGGGACCGAGAAGCUUCUGGAGGUUUGGUUCUCCAGGCAGCAGCCCGACGCAAACCAAGGAUCUGGAGAUCUUCGCACCAUCCCCAGAUCUGAGUGGGACAUUCUUCUGAAGGAUGUGCAAUGUUCAAUCAUAAGUGUGACAAAAACUGACAAGCAGGAAGCUUAUGUACUCAGUGAGAGUAGCAUGUUUGUCUCCAAGAGACGUUUCAUUUUGAAGACAUGUGGUACCACCCUCUUGCUGAAAGCACUGGUUCCCCUGUUGAAACUUGCUAGGGAUUACAGUGGGUUCGAUUCAAUUCAAAGCUUCUUUUAUUCUCGUAAGAAUUUCAUGAAGCCGUCUCACCAAGGGUACCCACACCGGAAUUUCCAGGAAGAAAUAGAGUUUCUUAAUGCAAUUUUCCCAAAUGGAGCAGCAUAUUGUAUGGGACGUAUGAAUUCUGACUGUUGGUACUUGUAUACUUUGGAUUUCCCAGAGACUCGGGUAAUCAGUCAGCCAGAUCAGACCCUGGAAAUUCUGAUGAGUGAGCUUGACCCAGCAGUUAUGGACCAGUUCUACAUGAAAGAUGGUGUUACUGCAAAGGAUGUCACUCGUGAGAGUGGAAUUCGUGACCUGAUACCAGGUUCUGUCAUUGAUGCCACACUUUUCAAUCCUUGUGGGUAUUCGAUGAAUGGAAUGAAAUCGGAUGGAACUUAUUGGACUAUUCACAUCACUCCAGAACCAGAAUUUUCUUAUGUUAGCUUUGAAACAAACUUAAGUCAGACCUCCUAUGAUGACCUGAUCAGGAAAGUUGUGGAAGUCUUCAAGCCAGGAAAAUUUGUGACCACCCUGUUUGUAAAUCAGAGUUCUAAAUGUCGCACAGUGCUUUCUUCACCCCAGAAGAUUGACGGCUUUAAACGUCUUGAUUGCCAGAGCGCUAUGUUCAAUGAUUACAAUUUUGUUUUUACCAGUUUUGCUAAGAAGCAGCAACAACAGCAGAGUUGAUUAAUAAAAAUGAAGAAAAAACGCAAAAAGAGAACACACAUAGAAGGAGGUGGUGGCUGCUUUUUAGAUAUUGAUAUCGGGGGCCAUGCUUUCCAUAACCACCACCUUGUAGCUGCAGAAAGCCCUAGAUGUAAUGAUAGUGUAAUCAUUUUGAAUUGUAUGCAUUAUUAUAUCAAGGAGUUAGAUAUCUUGCAUGAAUGCUCUCUUCUGUGUUUAGGUAUCCUAUGCCACUCUUGCUGUGAAAUUGAAGUGCAUGUAGAAAAAAACUUUUACUAUAUGAAACUUUACAACACUUGUGAGAACAAUUCAAUUUGGUUUACGCACAGUGUAAUAUUUCUCCAGGUCUCAUCCAAAAUUCCCCACAGACAAGGCUUUCGUCCUCAUUAGGUGUUGGCCUCAGCCUAAUCAUCUGGGACUGUUCUAUUAAAUUGCUGCCAGGAUUUUACAUCCAGUUACCUCCACUUUCUAGAACAUAUUCUCUACUAAUAUUACUGAAACCAGUUUCUAUUUCAUACAGAUGUUUUUUGCAACAGCGAUUAAAGUUUAUCUUCCACGAGUCAAGUCCUCUUAAGAAAAUGAUUGCAGUUUUCCAUUUUGUGUCUUACUGUUUUAACAUUAUUGCUUCCUGUACCUGUGUACUUCCUUUAAUUGAUUUUGUUCUCAUCAUGGUGUCUUGCCUCCCAAACACCCCCCCCCAAUAAAGCAAUACACUGUUACACUGUGGGUUUAUACUAAUCUUAUACCCGGGAGGGGGAAGGGAGAGUGGACUCUGGGCUUAAUUUUCUUUUUAAAGUCAAGAGAGUUUAGCUUCCUUUUAUAUUGACAUGGGCUCUUCUGGGAGAUAGUGACAGAAAUAAACCUAUUGAUGAGCAAGGACGACACAUCCAUUUAUAUUAGGGUAUACUGGCAGAACUGUUCCAGAAACUAUGCCAUUCUGUGUUCCCAUUAAAUGAGAUUAGCUUCUCAUGAGUACCGUGUAUUCAGUAACUUGCUAGUACGUACGUGUAUAAUUGUACCACUUAAGUUUAUUAGCAAAGAAAUUAAGAAUAAAGGUUGUAAGUCAGCUCAGAUCA